AUGAACUUUGAACUCAAAGCUGGUGUGAUAACUAAAGGAGCAACGUCCACAAAAGCCAAAGAUACAGGCCUAAAAUUUGAAGAGAUAACAGACGUAAUGUCUGAAGAAAUAGCAGACGUACAAGAUGUAAAAGUUUAA